AAAGUUUUUAAAUUCUGCCCUGAGGAGAAGGAAGUUGGAGACAAAAGAAGUCCUCAGGGUUUGGUGAAGAAGAAGAAGAAGAAGAAGAAGAAGAAGAAGAAGAAGGAGAAGGAGAAGGAGAAGGAGAAGGAGAAGGAGAAGGAGAAGGAGAAGGAGAAGGAGAAGGAGAAGGAGAAGGAGAAGGAGAAGGAGAAGGAGAAGGAGAAGGAGAAGGAGAAGGAGUAUAUUAGAAGCCUGCACAGCUAAAUAACGGUUUUGACAAAUCCUUUGCCAACUUCUCACUGAAGCAACUUUCUUCUCAACUCUAAUAGAUCUCUGCUACUGAUUUUACAGUUAAGAUAAGGAAACACCCUGAACAUGGUCUCAGAAACACAAAUGCCAGACCCCAUGAGCCUUAUUGAGAACAUUGAAGGGAAAUUGCUGGUUAAUCAAGAAGCUUUAAAGAUCUUGUCAACCAUCACCCAGCCUGUUGAUGUGGUGGCCAUCGUGGGUCUCUACCGCACAGGCAAAUCCUACCUGAUGAACAAACUAGCAGGGAAGGACAAGGGUUUCUCUGUUGGAUCUACUGUGCGUUCUCACACCAAGGGUAUUUGGAUGUGGUGCAUGCCUCAUCCCAACAAGCCAAAUCACACCUUAGUUCUGCUUGACACAGAGGGACUGGGAGAUGUAGAGAAGGGUGACAAGGAAAAUGAUACACAGAUCUUUGCACUGGCCAUACUACUGAGUAGCACCUUUGUAUAUAAUACUAUGAACAAGAUUGACCAGAGAUCUAUUGACUUAUUGCACUAUGUGACAGAACUGUCAGAUCUGCUCAGGACAGUAUCCUCACCUGAACAUGAUAAGGUUGAAGAUGCCACAUCUUUCUAUCCAGACUUAGUGUGGACGCUGAGAGAUUUUUUCCUAAACUUAGAAGUAGAUGGAAAACCUAUUACAGCAGAUGAAUACCUGAAGAAUUCAGUCAUGCCAAAAGAAGAUAUGGAUCAAAGACUUCACAAUUUCAAUUUGCCUCGUCUGUGUAUACAGAAAUUUUUUCCAAACAAGAAAUGUUUUAUUUUUGACUCUCCAAGUCACAGGAAAAAUCUUUCCCGACUUGAGACACUGCAUAAUAAUGAUCUGAAUCCUGAAUUUGUGCAACAAAUAACAGAUUUCUGUUCCUAUAUUUUCUGCAAUUCCAAAACUAAAACUCUUCCAAAAGGCAUUAUAGUAAAUGGGCCCGAUCUAGAAAAAUUGGUGCUGACCUAUGUUGAUGCCAUCAACCAUGGGGAUCUGCCCUGCACAGAAAACUCAGUCUUGGUUUUGGCCCAAAUCAAAAAUACCGAAGCAGUGCAAAAGGCUAUUGCCCACUAUGAUCAUCAGAUGAAAGAGAAGGUACAGUUGCCCACAGAAACCCUCGAGGAGCUGCUGGACCUGCACAGAGUCAGUGAGAGAGAGGCCACUGAAGUCUUCAUGAAGAUCUCUUUUAGGGAUGAGGACCAGACUUACCAGAAAGAAUUAGAGAUGUUGUUAGAAGCAAAACAGAAUGACUUUUGUAAACAGAACUUGAAAGCAUCAAGAGAUCAUUGUUCAGCUUUACUUCAGAAAAUCUUUGAUCCUCUGGAAGAUGAUGUGAAGCAGGGUAUUUAUGCAAAACCAGGAGGGCAUAAACUCUUCAUUCAAAAGAGAGAAGAGCUGAAGGCAAAGUACUAUCAGGAGCCCAAGAAGGGAAUGAAGGCUGAGGAAACUCUGCAGGAAUAUUUACAGUCCAAGGAGUCCAUGAGUAAUGCUGUUUUACAGACAGACCUGACCCUUACAGCCAAGGAAAAGGAGAUGGAAGCGGAACAUCAGCGAGCACUGGCUGCACAGGCUGAAGCACAAAGGUUGCAAGAAAUUCAAAGGCAGAACCAAUUAAUGAUGGAGGAGAGGGAAAGACGUCAUUUGGAACAAGUGAGGCAAAUGGAGAUAGAGAGACAAAGACAAAUAGCAGAAGCAAAUAGGGCUAUGGAACGUCGACUUCAGCAAGAGGCUGAAGCACAUCAAAGAAGAAUAGAGGAGGAAAUGAGAAAACUAGUACAAACACGUCAACAACUUCAGGCUAAUAUCCCAUCAAAUGAUCCAUGCAUUAUACUCUAAAGAGAAACUGCAAGCAAAUGCCACAGUGAUGACAUGGGGAUGCUUCAGAAGAUGAAAAGAAUGAACUGCAUGGAAAUAUUGCCAUCUGUUUAAAGGCUGGAGAAGCUUUUCCUUCUCGUUACCCUCAACAAUGACAUAACUUAUAUCAUGACUCCCCUUUUAUUGCAUUUCAUAAUUGUGUCAUUUCUGUAUAAUUCUCUAGAGCCUAUUAACACAUAAAAAAGGAUGUUGGUAUCAAAAUAUAUGGUGGAACAUAUUUAACUUUAUGCUUGCUUAUAAUGCAUGAGUUUUUUUAAAAUAUCUUAUUUUUUGCAUAAUAAUUUUUCUUAGAACUAUGGAUAGUAUAGAUAUGUUUACACAAGAUUUAAAUAUAGCUAAACAUAAACACUUUCUUAAAGUAAUUGUUUUUAUUUUCCUCCAAUAGUUAAAAUUCUAUAGAGAAACCUAAAUUUCUAUCAUGAUGCUAUUAGGAAGCAUUUUAAGUUUGGAAUUAAAAUAUAGUAUAUAGAUUACACUUUUCUGCUUGUUACUACUGUCUUUCUUUUUUUUUUUUUUCAACAAGAACAUUGCUCAGCUCUGACUUAAGGUGGUAUGGGGAAUGCCUUAAGCAUGAUAAUCUUUUUUUUUUAUAUUUAUUUUAUUUAUUUAUUCCCUUUUGUUACCCUUGUUGUUUUAUUGUUGUAGUUAUUAUUGUUGUCAUAGUUGUUGGAUAGGACAGAGAGAAAUGGAGAGAGGUGGGGAAGACAGAGGGGGGAGAGAAAGAUAGACACCUGCAUACCUGCUUCAUCGCUUGUGAAGUGACUCCCCUGCAGGUGUGGAGCCAGGGCUCGAACCGGGAUCCUUAUCCCGGUCCUUGUACUUUGCGCCACCUGUGCUUAACCUGCUGUGCUGCAGCCCGACUUCCAUGACAAUCUUUUUGUGUUAACUAUUAUACUGUCUCCCGAGCCCUUGUUUCUUUUUCUUUUUCUUUUUCUUUUCCUUUUUCCUUUUUUUUUUUUUUUUUUAUUUCUUGUAAACCUACGUCCCUGAAUGAUCCAAUGAAUGGAGCAAUUUUUUUCACUCAAGCCAAAGGGGGAAAGGUCCUAUCAUGUCUUCUAAAAUCUAAUCUCCUUAAUGAUUUCUUUCUCCUGCAUUCCUCUUUUACUGUGAGGGAUAUCAAGCACAACUCUAAGUGUGUGUGAUAAACUUCAAUGACUAUCUACCUCUGCUAUAAAGAGUCAAUUUCACAAAAAUUAACUUGAAAAAUUAGGAGAGACUCAUAUUUUCUCAGUUAACUCAAAACAUUCUGAGCAUAUCUAAUGAUCCAAAGGCCACAUUCUUUUGCCUCAACAGCAUCUCUCAGUACCCAUCCAGCAGAUAAUAGUGGUACUAAAAGACUAAAUUAAUCAUAAUUCUUGUUCUUGUGCUUACUGUAAUGAAUUUCUAAAUGAAUAAAAUUUAAAAAUUUCUUUUUUGCACAAAAUUAUAAAAUGCAUUAAAUAUUUAUUCUAUAUACUUCAGCCUUAUAUGCCAGAAUUAUUUUACUACUAACAUUCAAAAACAAUAGGAAGUAACCUAGUAGAAAUAAUAAUUGAGGGUCCGGGUGGUAGUGCAGCAGGCUUAAGCGCACAUGGUCACCAAAUUGCAGAUGCUACUAUGAUUCCAUCCUGACUUCUCUGAGCAGAUGACCUUAUCAAUGUGUCCUGGAACCAUGCCUCUCCACAGCUCUACUUCACUAGGGGAAGAUAGAGAUGGGCUAGAGGUACAGAUUGACCUGCCAAUCCCCAAAUCCAGUGGAGAAGUGUUGUAUGUUUCACAUUGGUUUGGUCUCGCUCUCCCCCCGCCAGGAGAAUUGGUUUGGCCCUUGCUAGUUUUGCGCCUCCUUUUCUCCCGCCCCGAUGCUACGUAGUGCAGGAGUUCUUGGUGCGGCUGUGUGAGCAGAUGCAGGAUAGAUCUGUGUGGUGAUUAGUUUAAGGGUCUCUCUCUGCCUCCAGAGCAGAAAGACACAGGAGAGCACAUGUUUGCCCACUCAUGAAUAAAGCUUCUCUGCCCA